ACAUGAUUGGGAUUAUUGUGGCCUCCUGAUGGUCCAGUACACCGAGGGCUCAGAACAUGGAGACGGCUGGGAGGAAUAGUCGGGCCAACAGGACGGCACUGGCCACCUUCACUUUCAUAUUACUGCUAUGGUCGGCGAUACACCUGCUGUACCGGGGGGCACAGGGUGUACAAAGCGCGCAGCAUCGGCAGAGGAGAGCUGUAGAGAAUGAUACUCUUUGCAUCUUUUCACCAUCAUCCGAGUUUCCCAAAGGACUGUUUACAGAGCAGGAGAGAAAAGAUGGCGGAAUCAUCAUUCAUUUCUUAGUCAUUAUGUACAUGUUUCUAGCUGUGGCCAUUGUCUGCGAUGAGUAUUUCAUUCCUUCCCUAGAAGUCAUCAGUGAACGUCUUGGCCUAUCCCAGGAUGUUGCAGGAGCUACCUUCAUGGCAAUAGGGAGUUCUGCACCUGAAUUUGUCACAGUAUUUCUAGGUGUGUUUGUCACCAAGGGAGAUAUUGGAGUGAGCACUAUUGUUGGCUCAGCUGUAUAUAAUCUCCUUGGGAUAUGUGCUGCAUGUUGCCUACUUACAUCUGCGAUAAACAAGUUGACUUGUUGGCCAUUAUUUCGUGAUUGUGUUGCAUAUGCUGUUAGUGUUGGAGCAGUUAUUGCCAUAACAUUUGACAAUAAAAUUUACUGGUACGAAUCUGCAUCCUUGAUUUUGGUAUAUGGGCUCUACAUUGUGAUGCUGUGCCUUGACAUCAGAAUAAAUCAGUAUUUGGUGAAGAAGUUAAGUCCUUGUUGUACGUGUUUUGCUGAAGCCCUAGAGGAAAACAAUGAACAGCAGCCCCUACUUGGAUGGAAAGAAGAGAGCCUACAUAUAGUUCGCCAGAACUCCAGAUCUGAUAGCGGCAUCUUUCAGGAAGACUCAGAUUAUUCGCACCUAUCAAUAAGCUUGCAUGGGCUUAAUGAAAUAUCAGAUGACCCUCCAAGCGUGUUCACAAUGCCAGAGAAUGACUUGAAAAGAAUUCUCUGGGUGCUGUCACUCCCCAUCAUUACAUUGCUCUACUUGACUGUACCUGACUGCAGAAGAAGCUCAUGGAAGAAGUGGUUCAUUUUGACCUUUAUAAUGUCAGCCGUUUGGAUCUCUACAGUAACUUACAUUUUGGUUUGGAUGGUGACAAUAGUAGGUGAAACACUGGGCAUUCCAGAUACCGUUAUGGGUCUUACUCUACUAGCUGCAGGAACAAGUAUACCAGACACUGUUGCAAGUGUGCUUGUUGCAAGAGAAGGAAAGGGUGAUAUGGCCAUGUCAAAUAUUGUGGGAUCAAAUGUAUUUGACAUGCUUUGCUUAGGAGUUCCAUGGUUUAUUAAGACUGUUUUCGUAGACCGGUCAUCACCAGUGGAAGUGAACAGUAGUGGACUAACUUAUACUACCAUCUCUUUAUUGUUUUCAAUUGUCUUUAUAUUUGUGGCAGUCCACAUAAAUGGCUGGAAGCUGGAUAAGAAGUUGGGUGUCAUCUGUCUAAUCAUGUACCUCAUUUUUGUUACAUUGUCAAUUUUGUAUGAACUAGGAAUAAUAGGAAGUAUGCCUGUACGUUUUUGUGGAGACUAGUAAAUGUGACGUUUGAUUACCUUAUUUAAUUUUCAUUUAGUGAUUUGAUGUUAAAAUAAGAAUCCUAGUGGUUUAAUAACAUCCAUACAUGUCACUAUGUGAUGGUGAGCUCAACUUUUUAAGCAUAGCAUUUCAGCAAACUCUGUUCUCCUGUAAGCUCUAGACAAUCCUUCAAUUUUUUUUUAAUAAAUUUUAAACUUUUGUCAAGAAAAUUAACAUACAAUUAACAGUCCCUGAGGACCAUCCCCACCCUCAAACACGCAACAGUCGGACCAUAAGACUGGAUGUGUAAAGUACCAGAAGGAAUAGUCUAUAAUCAAGCAAUCGUAUACCCCUAUAAGUACGAGGGUGUGGAUUCUCCCCACAGAGAACACCAAAACAGUAGUAACACACCACCGACAGGACAAACCCAUUCAUACACAUACAAAAAAAACAUUUCCAGGGAGCUCACCAUUUAUCUACGAUACCAACUUGAGAUUGGGAGGUCCCAUGAAGCGGAGGAUCAGUAGAGACUACAGUAGAGACAGUAGAGACAACAUCCACGGCAUCCAGGCCUUAUCAAUUUUUUUUUGACAUUUCCGACUUGCGUACAAUGCAUGAUCUAGGGGAACAUAUUUGUUCACUAAAGCUAUCCACCGAGACCGAGGAGGGGAGGACACGUCUUUUAAAGCCAUCACUAUGACCUUGCGUGCACAAAACAAGAGAAAACGGAUCAAUAUACUCCAAUAGGAGUCCGACACUUAAACCAUUGAUAACCCUCAACAAACAUACUUCUGGCAUCAAAACAAAGGGGAAUUCUAGAACGUCAUCACCUCUCUCCAAAAGGGCACCACACAAGAGCAAGUCCAAACCCCAUGCAAAAAAAGUACCUCUCUCCCUCCCACACCUAAAACAAACAUCCGACCCAGAGACCCCCACAAUCCUUCAAUUCUAAGCUUUGUCGUGUGUACAGGUUGCAUACGACCCACAAAACAAUUCCUUGGGUGUUUUGUCUUCAGUAGCACAAGCUAGGCACAACGGAUUCGGCACUAAAAUGGCAAAUCGGUGUAACUACAAUUUUAUUACAAGACUGAGGCUCGAAUUAUGCUAUACUUUCUUUUAAUUUAGCUCACAGCAGCAAGGAUUAACAUAUUGAAAAGGUGAAGAAAACUUUAGCGCAACCAAACAUAUGGUAGCAUGUAACAGCCAAUCCAUAUAGAUUAUAGGUCUCAACUGUCAAUCCUCUUUCUUGCUGCUCACAGCUGAAGAUAAGUGUUACUUUUUCCAGUGUCCUUUAUUCUAUUGUAUAAUACAUGUAUAUGUGUGUUAUAUGAAAAUUGUAGA